AUGGAGCAGAUAAAGCAGACCUUUGUGAAAUGCAAGGAGGAGAAGAGGUCCGCUCUCGUUGCGUAUGUGACGGCGGGGUAUCCGGAGGCUAAGGAGACGGUUGAUAUCAUGCUUGCAAUGGAAGAUGGUGGUGCGGAUAUAAUCGAGCUUGGAGUCCCCUUUACGGACCCCAUUGCUGACGGACCUACGAUUCAACGCGCAAACACUCAAGCCCUUAAGAAUGGCGUCACGGUCACAUCUGUGCUUGAGAUGGUUAGGACUGCUAGACGAAAGGGUCUCAAGGCCCCUGUGAUGAUGAUGGGAUACUAUAACCCCUUGCUACAGUACGGUGAAGAGAGAAUGUUGAAGGAUGCCAAAGCCGCAGGUGUAAAUGGUUUUAUCAUGGUAGACCUGCCGCCGGAAGAAGCCGUGAGAUUCAGAGAUUUGUGCAAGAAGGAGGGGCUAUCGUAUGUCCCGUUGAUUGCACCCGCUACUUCAGAGGCUCGUAUGAAGCUGCUUUGCGGGAUUGCCGACUCCUUCAUCUAUGUUGUUUCCAGAAUGGGUGUCACCGGUGCUACCGGUACGUUGAGCACUGGGCUGCCAGAUCUUCUGAAGCGAGUCCACACAUACUCUGGAAACAUUCCUGCUGCGCUCGGAUUCGGCGUUAGCACAAGAGAGCACUUCCUCGAAGUUCAGGGUAUCGCUGAGGGUGUUGUCAUCGGCAGUCAGAUAGUGACUGUCCUAGGUGAGGCUGCACCAGGAGAGCGCCCGCAGAAGAUCAAAGAAUACUGCUCUAGCAUCACUGGCCGUACUGUCGAGCGCGGCCCUGUCCCAGAGGUACCAGCCGAAGCACCGGGCCUUGCUGACCAGCUUGAGGCUCUUAACGUUACCAAGAACCCUGCUGCUAUACCCGCACAGUUCGGUGAAUUCGGAGGACAGUUUGUUCCUGAGUCAUUGAUGGACUGUCUUGCUGAACUUGAAGCCGGAUUCAACGAGGCUAAGAACGACCCCAAGUUCUGGGAGGAGUACCGCUCUUAUUACCCAUACAUGAGCCGCCCAAGUAGCCUCCAUCUAGCUGAGCGUCUGACCGAGCACGCUGGCGGAGCCAACAUCUACCUCAAGCGAGAGGAUCUUAACCACACAGGCAGUCACAAAAUAAAUAACGCCCUAGGCCAAGUUCUCCUCGCCCGCCGCCUCGGGAAGAAGCGAAUCAUUGCUGAAACUGGUGCCGGUCAGCAUGGUGUUGCUACCGCCACUGUCUGCGCCAAAUUUGGAAUGGAGUGUGUCAUUUAUAUGGGAGCAGAGGAUGUUCGUCGCCAAGCUCUCAACGUGUUCAGAAUAAAGCUCCUUGGUGCAUCGGUUAUUCCCGUUGAGGCUGGAUCGCGUACCCUCCGCGACGCUGUCAACGAAGCUUUGCGCGCCUGGGUCGUCCAUCUCGACACAACUCACUAUGUCAUCGGCUCUGCCAUUGGAGCUCAUCCUUUCCCAACUAUCGUCCGAACCUUCCAGUCCGUCAUCGGAGAGGAGACCAAGGCCCAGAUGAAAGAGCUUACCGGCCGUCUACCAGAUGCCGUCGUGGCCUGCGUUGGCGGUGGAAGCAAUGCAGUUGGCAUGUUCUACCCCUUCUCAAACGACCCUAGUGUCAAACUUCUUGGCGUCGAGGCUGGUGGUGACGGUAUCGAUACCGCUCGGCACUCUGCUACCCUUACAGGUGGCUCCAAGGGCGUGCUUCACGGGGUCCGAACAUAUGUACUCCAAAACGAGCAUGGUCAAAUCUCUGACACUCACUCCAUUUCUGCAGGACUGGAUUAUCCCGGAGUUGGUCCUGAACUGAGCAACUGGAAGGAUUCUUCUAGGGCCAAAUUCAUUGCUGCCACCGAUGCAGAGGCCCUGAUCGGGUUCAGGACCAUCUCCCAGCUUGAGGGUAUCAUCCCAGCUCUUGAGUCCUCGCAUGCUGUGUACGGCGCAAUCGAGCUAGCCAAGACGAUGAAGAAGGGUGAGAACAUCGUGCUCAACUUGAGUGGACGAGGUGAUAAGGAUGUGCAAAGUGUUGCCGAUGCCUUGCCUGAACUUGGUCCUAAGAUUGGCUGGGACCUGAGAUUUUAG